GGAGUCAGCCACUCAGCUGUCCUCGGUCACCGGGACCAGCCAACACCAUUUUUUGAGCCGAACUCCUUAUUACCGACCAACCAUGAGCUCCCAGAUUCGUCAGAAUUAUUCCACCGAGGUGGAGGCCGCCAUCAACCGCCUGGUCAACAUGCAUCUGCGGGCCUCCUACACCUACCUCUCUCUGGGCUUCUAUUUCCACCGCGACAAUGUGGUUCUGGAGGGCGUGGGCCACUUUUUCCGCGAAUUGGCCGAAGAGAAGCAAGAGAGCGCCGAGCGUCUCUUGAAAAUGCAAAACCAACGCGGCGGCCGCGCCCUCUUCCAGGACGUGCAGAAGCCAUCUCAAGAUGAGUGGGGUAAAACUCAGGACGCUAUGGAAGCCGCCAUUAACAUGGAGAAGAACCUGAACCAGGCCCUUCUGGAUCUGCAUGCCCUGGCUUGUGCCCGCGCAGACCCCCACCUCUGCAACUUCCUGGAGAGCCACUUCCUAGAUGAGGAGGUGAAACUCAUCAAGAAGAUGGUGACCACCUGACCAACCUCCGCAGGCUGGCUGGUCCCCAGGCUGGGCUGGCGAG